CGGUGCUGUCCUCCUCCUGUCCUUCUGCCAACACCACCACCACCACCCACCAGUCGCCCAACAUGUUCUCCCGACACGCCGUGCAGGCUCUCCGAAGCAAUGCAAUCCAAACACCUUCUAUCGCCGCUCGAUCAUACGCGACCGUGUCGUCGGACAUCUUCAAGCCCACCAAGUUUGGUGGCAAGUACACUGUUACCUUGAUCCCAGGUGACGGUAUUGGUGCGGAAGUUUCGGAGUCGGUCAAGACCAUCUUCAAGGCCGAUAACGUGCCCGUCGAGUGGGAACAGGUCGAUGUGUCGGGCAUGGAAACUGGCGACAAGCACUCGGAGGAGCUCUUCCGCGAAUCCAUUGCAUCGCUCAAGCGCAACAAGCUGGGCCUGAAGGGUAUCCUCCACACGCCCGUCACACGAUCCGGCCACCAAUCCUUCAAUGUCGCCCUCCGACAAGAGCUCGACAUCUACGCCUCGAUCGUCCUGAUCAAGAACAUCCCCGGCUAUGAGACACGGCAUAAGAACGUCGAUCUGUGCAUUAUCCGUGAGAACACCGAGGGAGAAUACUCCGGUCUCGAGCACCAGUCCGUUCCCGGAGUCGUCGAGUCUCUCAAGAUCAUCACCCGCGCCAAGUCAGAGCGUAUCGCCAAGUUCGCAUUCUCCUUCGCGCUUGCCAACAACCGCCGCAAGGUCACUUGCAUCCACAAGGCCAACAUCAUGAAGUUGGCUGAUGGUCUCUUCCGCAACACGGUCCGCAAGGUCGGCGAGGAAUACCCUACCAUCGAGACAAACGACAUGAUUGUCGACAACGCCUCCAUGCAGUGUGUAUCCAAGCCUCAACAAUUCGACGUCAUGGUCAUGCCCAACUUGUACGGUGGUAUCCUCUCCAACAUUGGUGCCGGUCUUGUCGGCGGCCCUGGCAUCGUACCAGGCUGCAACAUGGGUCGUGACGUCGCCGUUUUCGAGCCUGGAUGCCGUCACGUUGGUCUUGAUAUCAAGGGCAAGGAUCAGGCCAACCCAACUGCUCUCAUUCUCUCCGGAAGCAUGAUGCUGAGACAUCUUGGUCUUGACGACCAUGCGAACAGAAUCUCCAAGGCAGUCUAUGAUGUUAUCGCCGAGGGCAAGACACGAACACGCGACAUGGGUGGUGAGGCUACUACUCACCAAUUCACCAGGGCCAUCUUGGAUAAAAUGGAGGCACAAUAGUUGAUGAGACGCUCCCUCAUCGGCAAACGGAAUGUGAGAUACAGUACUGCAUGGUGUAGCUAGUUGACAAGCAUCCUCUGACAUUUUCUCGUUUGUCUUGAUACCUAUGCGUAGAUCAAUGUAUAUUGGAACAAACAGCGUGGACUCCCACACGCCCC